GCUGGAAUUGAAGUAUCACGUUCUGUAGGUGAUAUAGUCUUCUAUAGAUGACACCCUGAACAAUAAACAAAUAUAUACACAAACAGAGGUAUAUAUAAUAUACACAGUCAAUCUCCAGAUGGAGUAGUUCCAUAGCUGGAGAAGGAAGACUGAAACUUGAGGACCUGAAUCCCUUCUAGACUGUCACUCUCUGUCAGAGACGAGCCCUCUCCAAAGUCUCUGUGCUCUCCCCCUCUCCCUCCCACUGCCCCUGGGUGAUUGAUGCUAAUGCUGCUCGUCAUCUGGUCAGUUUCUCUCAGUCCCGUCCACUGCUCCCUGCGACAGUUCCUGCAGCAACCACCUCUCACCAUUUCCACCAGCCUUCUUCUGACCACUCUGGUGAACCCGAUGAAGAGAACGGCAUUCACAAUCCCCUGUGCUGAGUCACCAAUUCCUUAUGAGAGAAGCAGCAGCAGUGGACUCUUUGAAUUUCUCCUCCUCUGAGAGAAUAAAGCAGUCCAGAAUGAAAUU